AUGGAGAGGUUGCCGUGUCAGGAGACACUCUCAUAUCUCGUGCUCAUACUACGUACCGGGACUCUUUACAUCUGGAACUGGAAGUCUGAUAUUCUCCUCGAGGAGAUGAAGCACAUCCGGGCAGUCACGACUAUCUCGCCCAGUAUACUUUUCUAUCUCACAGAGGAGCCAAACUCGGCAGACCUCCAUCUUCACCUGAGGGAAAUCACGGAUCAGUCGACGCUCUCCUCACUUGUUCAACAGAUAUGA